GUUGUCAUGAUACAAUAACAGUAUAUGUACUUGUAGAUUGGAUGUCUGUCUUUGUGGAAAAUACUGUAUCAGUUUGAAGCUAUACAUUUACCCAACUCUUCUCCUUGAAAAGGAAACUCCCUAUGCCAGAGUUUGGAGACCUACAAUGUGGAAUAGUUUUACACACAGAGAAUAGCAUGCCAAAAUACUGUGAUUUACUUAAAAUGCAUUCGAGUAUCCUGAUUUGUAGAUUUAUAGUGGGCCUUAUAGAUAUUUGGAAGAUAAUGAUCCUAUUAGUCGAUGUCCAAUUGGAUCCUCUCCCCUCUUUGUUUAGCAAAAGGAGAAAUUUGUGCCAAGAAAAUAAGAACAGGAGAGGAAAACAGGGGAAUGGUAGAUUAGGAUCACUGAUGGAUCACUCUAAAUUACUGCAGUAGAUAGAGUUACCUUGUCAGUUGUGGUUGCCAAACCUGGAAAAAGUGUGCUCAAAUUGACAAAUUCUAUCCUGCCUUUUGUUUGUUAGUAUAUUGCAUCAUCUGACUAAAUUACUCAACAUUCUUUAUUGUAAUCCAUUGUUGUCAUGGAUGAUAGAAACUUGAUCUCUUGUUGUCAUAGAACAGUUUUGGUCAACAACUAAUCUAUCAACCUACGCUCUGUCUUGGUGAACUAUUCAUUCCCAGGAGGUAAGGUUCUGGCGGUCUGUCGUUUUAUAUUGUUAUUACUUACAACAAUAAUAUAGCUGAUAUAUCUAUACAUUCCAUCUUCUGAUAUGCGUAUGUAUCAUUUAGAAUAACCUCUUGCUUGCAAAGAAUUAAAUAAUUAUUAACCUUUAUUUCUCAUCAAGAUAGCAAACAUCUGACCAGUUGAUGUUAGAGAUGGGUUAUCUUGAAAACUGGAUAAGAUGUUUCUGAUUCUUGAAAUGAUGGAAAUCAUCUUUUUAAGAAGUAUUUAGCAGAAAAGAGAUUAGAUGUUGUACCUACUCAUGGAAUUUAGCUUCAUAAUUGAAGUAUCUCUUCUAUAUAUGUACUUAUUCCACUUUGUUAUAAGAAAACGGUAAACAACUCCCAUGUGUAAAACUUCCACAGUGAACGGAUUGAGGGAUGUACGUGGAAUGUAUGCAGAUAAUAUGUGGGGACAUGUGGGAAGAAAUUGUUUUCAGGAAUUGAACAUGUGACGUCUAGGUUACACUACUACGACUCUACCACUAGGAGUCUAGGCCACAUGUUCGCAUGUAAUUUAAAUUUUAUAAUCUUGGGUGGGAAAAGGGUAUGACAUAGUUGUGACUUGGUUGGAGCUUUUGUCUAAGGUACAGUCAAUUGCAAGCAAGAACUUGCAGACUCCAUUGUUGAACUCCCUCAUUUAGCCCAUACCUUGUUACCCACUAAGAUUAAGCCAACUCACAUGCUUCCAUGUGGUUUUCCUUGAAGACUUCAACCAUUGGCUUACCUCACACACUUUUGUUGAAGAUAUUCCACAGAUGCCACUCACCAACACUUCACCAACAAAUUGAAAGCUUGGACUGUACUUUAGCAUUUUAUUGCUCACUUUGAUGCCAAAAACAACCCAAAUUAUGGUCUUCAAUGAAUGAAAGAAAGGCAAAAAAAAAAAAAAUCAAUUCUCUUACCCAAAAGAAUAAAGUAGAAGAUAAGAGAGAAAGUGAGAUAGACACAUCAACUUCCCAUCUCCUCUACUUUGCUUCCCUUCCCAUCUAAGCCCCACAAUUUCCUCUCUUUUUUUCUAUAACCUCUUGCCUACCCACCAACCUUUUUUUUUCCUCUGCCUUUCUUUUUGAGCCAAAGAGUGCACAUACUGAGGAAAGUAGGCACAGGGAAACGAUUUGUUGCAAGAUUUAGUGUUGUUUGGAUUGAUUCAGAUUAAACAUGGGUUCUUCUGAGAACCAAAGUCCGUGGGCACCAUAUGAUACAUACAGAGAUUGUUCUCAAGGAAUUUGCAGCAUAUAUUGCCCACAAUGGUGCUACAUCAUUUUCCCUCCUCCUCCUCCUCCAUCUAGUUUUGGAGAAGACGACUCCGGCGCUGACUUCUCUCCUCUCAUCAUAGCGGUUAUCGGUAUCCUCGCCAGUGCUUUCAUUCUGGUAAGUUACUUCACACUCAUCUCAAAGUACUGUAGACGGCGAGGCCAUGACAGUAGUUUCGUAGAAUUCAGCGAAAACCGCGACCAAGCGAACAACGGUGAGGCAUGGCCUGCAAAUAUUUCAGAUGGAUUAGAUGAGACUCUUAUAAAGUCCAUCACGGUAUGCAAGUACAUGAAGAAUGAUGGGUUUGUUGAAAGCACAGAUUGUUCUGUUUGCUUGAGUGAGUUUCAGGAAAAUGAGAACCUGAGGUUGCUCCCUAAAUGCAGUCAUGCCUUUCACAUCCCUUGUAUUGAUACAUGGUUGAAGUCUCACUCUAACUGUCCUCUCUGCCGUGCCGCUAUUACUCCUGCACAUAUCAUUCCCUCUAACCAGACACAAUCACAAGCGCAAGCACAAGCAGGAAAUGUGCAGAUAUCAGCAUUGGAGUACCAGAACAGAAAUGAUUCUGUUGUGGUGAUUGAAGAUUUAGAGGUGGGUGUUUGUGAAGAUUGUGUAGUUGAUGUUCCAAAGACAGCAAGUGAAGGUACCAGAGAAGAUGCUGUACAGACAAUGAGAAGGUCAGUUUCAUUGAACACUGGUUUAUGUGAAGCUCAAGUUUCCAUUGCUGAUAUAUUACGCCUAACCGAAGACGACGAAGAUGAUGAUGGUUUACAACUAGAAAGGUUAGAGAGGAACAGAGAUUCAGUAUUGAAUUUGGUUGCAAUGAAGAGAUCAAUUUCAACUGGGAGAUUCAUGUUAACAAGGUCUGAGAAAGGUCUAGUCGACAAUCUUCGUUCUUUUUAAUAAGGAAUACGCAAGGUUUCUUUACCACACCGUCUUUAUAGAGAUGAAAUCUGGUUCUUCUCAUCCAGUUG